UUUUGACAAACAAGAAGUCAAGUCCGGCUGCCGCGUUGUACAUUUUAUUAGAUUUGGAUUUUGGCUUGAUCUGACCUCCCUCGCCGGUGUCAAACUUACCUGAGCACAUCAGACGCAAGUUUUGAUUCCAAUGGCGGACAAAUAUUCCAUCCUCUUGCCCACUUACAACGAGAGGGAGAAUUUGCCUCUGAUUAUUUACCUCAUAAUCAAGGCAUUGGACGCGAGCAAAUUCAAAUACGAAAUCAUUGUGAUUGAUGAUGGCAGCCCAGACGGCACACAGGAAGUUGCUGAAAAGCUGCAGAAAUUUUAUGGGGAAGACAAAAUUGUUUUACGGCCGCGAGAAAAGAAACUGGGGCUUGGCACUGCCUACAUUCACGGAAUCAAACACGCCACUGGAAACUACAUUGUGAUUAUGGAUGCCGACUUGUCACAUCACCCGAAAUUCAUUCCCAUGUUCAUCAAGAAGCAACAGGAAAAUAACUACGACAUUGUCUCCGGCACUCGUUACAUGGGUGACGGAGGCGUGUUCGGCUGGGAUUUCAAACGCAAAUUGAUCAGCUGUGGUGCGAACUUCUUGAGUCAGUUUCUGCUGCAGCCUGGCGCGUCGGAUUUGACAGGGAGCUUCAGGCUGUACAAAAAGAACGUGUUGGAGGAAUUGGUCAACUCGUGUGUGUCAAAGGGCUACUCAUUCCAGAUGGAAAUCAUUGUUCGUGCGAAAUCCAAGAAAUAUACCAUUGGAGAGGUGCCAAUCUCCUUCGUCGACAGGGUUUACGGGGAGUCGAAACUCGGCACUAAUGAGAUCUACCAGUUUGCAAGCUCACUUUUGUACCUGUUUGCCACUGUUUAGGAAUAUUUAUGUUGAUUUUGGGACCAUUUUGAUUAAAACUUUUCUUAUAAAUUU